AUGAGCUCUUACUUUGUAAACUCGUUCUCAGGGCGCUAUCCAAAUGGCUCCGACUAUCAGUUACUAAAUUAUGGGACUAACGGCGCUGUGAGCGGUUCCUUCAGAGACCCUGGCACCAUGCACUCCGGGUCUUUCGGCUACAACUACAAUGGCAUGGACCUAACCGUGAACCGCACCAACACCGGCAGCCACUUCGGUGCCGUGAGAGAGGAUGCCCGGGGAUUCGCGCCGGACGCCCGGUACAGACAGACGCCCAACUGCUCGCUCUCAUCUCCAGAUCCGGUGCCGCCGUCGUGCGCCACGGCCAGCCGGGAGCCGCUGGAACUAAAAAGCCCCUCUCCUCCCUCUGACCGGAGCGCGACCUCGGGCGGCAACAACCUCAACAAAAGCAACAGCGCUCAUUUCACGGAGAUAGAGGACGCCACCGUCGCCUCCGAGACCGAGGAGGGCGCACACAGCAGCGGCGGCUCCAGCACGGCACCGCGGGCGCAGCAGCAGCAGCAGCAGCUCAAAGCGCAGGGGCUUUAUUACAGACAUGAGUGGAUGAUUUUGGGUAUCGGUGUCGCUGACAUGUUUUGGCAAGAUGAGGGGAAGGAGCCCCGGUGCGUCACUGACCCCCGGGAGCCCCAGCUUCCGUCCGGGGACUCAGCUGGAUACUUCCCUCCGUUACUGGCCGUCUGCACCUGCCAACUCCCUCCCCUCACUUCUCCUGUUUACAAGCAGAGACCUCCACAAGCUCUGCCUGUUUUGCUGCAAAUGACCAUCAGCCAAGUCGACCUCUAUUUCUACCUGUGUGCCCAUUCAUAA